AUGGCGUCAAGACCGGAACUCAAGCUCGACGACGAGGGCGGCUUCAUUCGCUUCUUCAAGUCCCUCCCCGCCGUCUACAAGACGACCUCCGUCGUCAGGCAGCUCGGCCGCAACGACCACACCGGCCUGCCCUCCGUCACCAUGACCGUCACCGUCUUCCGCCAGUUCCUCCGAGAGGCCCUCUUCAAGCUCGGCAAGCGCGUCGAGGUCUGGGAGAGCCCCAACGGCCGGAUGAACUGGAAGUGCCUCAAGCAGGCGUCGCCCGGCAACCUGCAGGACGUCGAGGACGACCUCGGCGGCCACGUCGACUCCUCCCCCGUCAUCAUGGCCGUCAAGAUCUCGGCCAAGGCGUCCGAGGCCCGCACCGUCGGCGUCUGCUUCGGCGACGCGAGCGUCAGGGAGCUCGGCGUCGGCGAGUUUCUCGACAACGACCUCUACUCCAACUUUGAGUCCCUCCUCAUCCAGCUCGGCGUCCGGGAGUGCAUCCUGCCCCUCGACAGAGGCGACAAGGCCAAGGACCCCGAGCUGGCCAAGCUGAGGCUCAUCGUCGAGAACUGCGGCGCCGCCGUCGCCGAGCGACCCGCCGGUGACUUCGCCACCCGCGACGUCGAGCAGGACUUGGCGCGCCUGCUCAAGGACGAGCGGGCCGCCACCAUGCUCCCCCAGGCGGACUUGAAGCUCGCCAUGGGCUCGGCCGCGUCACUCAUCAAGUACCUCGGCCUCCUGCAGGAUGCCUCCAACUUUGGCCAGUACCGGCUCUACCAGCACGACCUCGCCCAGUUCAUGAGGCUCGACGCCGCCGCCCUCAAGGCCCUGAACCUCAUGCCGGGACCCCGCGACGGCUCCAAGACGAUGAGCGUCUACGGCGUCCUGAACCACUGCAAGACGCCCGUCGGCAGCCGCCUGCUGGCCCAGUGGCUCAAGCAGCCGCUCAUGAGCAAGGCCGACAUCGACCGGAGGCAGCAGCUCGUCGAGGCCUUCUUCGCCGACACGGAGCUCCGCCAGACGAUGCAGGAGGAGCACCUCCGGUCCGUUCCGGACCUGUACCGCCUCUCGAAGCGUUUCCAGCGCGGCAAGGCCAACCUCGAGGACGUCGUCCGCGCCUACCAAGUCGUCAUCCGCCUGCCCGCCUUCAUCGGCACGCUCGAGGGCGUCAUGGACGAGGCCUAUCGGGACCCCCUGGACGAGGCCUACACCUCGAAGCUGCGCGAGCUCUCCGGCAACCUCGGCAAGCUCCAGGACAUGGUGGAGCAGACGGUCGACCUCGACGCCCUCGACCGGCACGAGUACGUCAUCAAAUCCGAGUACGACCAAAGCCUGCGCGUCAUCCGCAGGAAGCUCGACCAGCUCGACCGCAGCAUCAGGCAAGAGUUCACCGAGGCCGCCCGCGACCUCGGCCAGGAGGCCGACAAGAAAAUCUUCCUCGAGACCGGCCACAAGGUCCACGGCGUCUGCAUGCGCCUGACGAGGCAGGAAGCCGCCUGCAUCCGGAACAAGGCCAGGUACCAGGAGUGCUCGACCCAGAAGAACGGCGUCUACUUCACGACGAAGAAGAUGCAGGCCUUCCGUCGCGAGCACGACCAGCUCUCCCAGAACUACAACAGGACCCAGAGCAGCCUCGUGAACGAGGUCGUCCUCGUCGCGUCCUCGUACUGCCCCGUCCUCGAGAGGCUGGCCGGCGUGCUCGCCCACCUCGACGUCAUCGUCUCCUUCGCCCACUGCUCCCUCCACGCCCCGGAGGCCUACGUCCGGCCCACCAUCCACCCCCGCGGCCAAGGCCGGACGAGGCUUGUCGGGGCGCGCCAUCCCUGCAUGGAGCUCCAGGACGACGUCCAGUUCAUCACCAACGACGUCGACCUCACCCGCUCCGAGUCCUCCUUCCUCAUCAUCACGGGGCCUAACAUGGGCGGAAAGUCGACCUUUAUCCGCCAGUCGGCCGUCAUCGCCCUCAUGGCUCAGGUUGGCUGCUUCGUGCCUUGCGCCGAGGCCGAGCUCACCAUAUUCGACUCCAUCCUCGCCCGCGUAGGCGCGAGCGACUCCCAGCUCAAGGGCGUCUCCACCUUCAUGGCCGAGAUGCUCGAGACGGCCAACAUCCUCAAGUCGGCCACGGCCGAGUCUCUCAUCAUCAUCGACGAGCUCGGCCGCGGCACCUCGACCUACGACGGCUUCGGCUUGGCCUGGGCAAUUUCGGAGCACAUCAUCAAGGAGAUUGGCUGCUUCGCCAUGUUCGCCACCCACUUCCACGAGCUGACGGCGCUCGCGGACCAGCACCCUCAAGUCCGGAACCUGCACGUGACGGCGCACAUUGGCGGCGGCGGCGAGGCCGACGCGAAGCGCGAGGUCACGCUGCUGUACAAGGUUGAGGCCGGAAUAUGCGACCAGAGCUUCGGCAUCCACGUCGCCGAGCUCGUGCGCUUCCCCGACAAGGUCGUUCGCAUGGCCAAGCGCAAGGCCGACGAGCUCGAGGACUUCACCACCAAGCACGAGGACCUGUCGUUGCGCUACAGCAAGGAGGACGUGGAGGAGGGCAGCGCCAUGCUCAAGCAGCUGCUGGUCCGAUGGAAGGACCAGGUGCGGGGCGGGGGCAUGACCGAGGAGGAGCAGGUGGCCAGGCUGAAGGAGCUCGUCGCAGCCGAUGCCGAGCUGCUCGCGAAUCCCUUUUUCCAGUCCGUCAAAGCCUUGUAG